AUGUCGCUCUUCAGCACACGUACGCUCGUUACCGCCCUUUUGUUGGCACAGUCAUUCGCUUUACCCGCCCCGGAAUCCAAGUCAGUCCAGCUCGAAGAGAGAAACAUCUGCAACGACGGCGAGCUUGCUGCCAAGAAUCCGCGCGCAGCUUUCUUCCGCAAGGUCGUGGAUGAGUCAAACUAUAGCAACCAUAGUAGAGUACCGACGCCGAAGGAUGUUCCCCUAAAGGUCGGCAUCAUUGGCGGUGGAGCUGCCGGACUCUACGCUGCCAUUCUACUUGACUCCCUCGGAAUUGACUACGACAUUCAUGAGGUCUCUGGACGCAUUGGCGGGAGAAUCUUCACUUACCAUUUUGAUCAAGAGGCUUGGGACAAGUCCACACCCGUAGACCCUGCCUACUAUGAUUACUACGACGUCGGCGCCAUGCGCUUCCCUCCGAUGCCUUACAUGAGCCGCAUCAUUGGAAACGACUCAUGGAGUCUUAUCCCCUACAUCAAUGCGAGGGUAGCUGAACGCGACCAGGUUGUUAAGAAACACUACAUCUUCAGAACGGACAACACGUUCAGACGAUUCAAUGGCAUCACCUCUCUUCUCCAAGACCCGAACUCUGCCUCCCCUGCUAGGUACGACGUUCCGGUAUUCAACUCGACCUUUAACACGCAGUCUGCGUACAAUGUGUGGAAGGCUCAAGUCAGCAGCAUGACGACAGCGCUCUCAGCCAAUUUUGACACAGGUUUCAACCUCCUCAUGAAGUAUGAUUCCAUGACGGUCCGGGAGUUCCUCUUGGACCAGGGCUUUACCAACACCGAGAUCGACUGGAUGGAGACCAUCAACGAUGCCACAGGUCACUACGAUAUGUACUCCAUGUCUCAAGCCGUCCUAGAGCAGUGGAUUUUUGACAGUGCAGAUAUUGACAACUGGUCGCUGAUCAACGGCGGUAUGGACAUGUUGACCAAGGGCAUGAACCUCAUUGUGAAGAACAAGCCCGUUCUACACAACAGGGUUUCCGACAUUAAGAAGAAUGCCAAUGGCUCCUUGAAGAUUGUCGUCAACGGCACCAAGGAGUACGACUACGCUCAUGUCAUCUCAACUGUUCCGUUGGGCGCCCUCCAGGCUAUCAAUAUGACCGAGCUAGAGCUCAACUAUUUCGAAAACCAUGCCAUCCGCUCUCUCAACUACGAUCCUUCGACAAAGAUUGGAUUCAAGUUCAAGACUCGCUGGUGGGAAAACCUCGCCACCGGUCCUUUCAAGGGCGGUCAAUCCUUCACCGAUCUUCCCAUCCGCCGCUGUGUCUACCCCUCCUACGGCGUCGAUGUCCCGGGUGCCCCGGGAACCAUGAUCGCCAGCUACGUCUGGGGCCAGGAUGCCUCCAGACUGGGCUCCUACAUGAACCCGCACAAUGAGAAACAACAGGCACCUUAUCAGCCAGAGAGCAUCGACGUCAUGGUCGACUUGACUCUGAGGAACCUGGCAGAGCUCAACGGCGUGUCUCACGAGUUUCUUCUAUCGCAAUUUGAGGGAUACCACGCCUACGACUGGUACGGAUCGGCUUAUUCCAACGGCGCCUUUGCCAUCUUCGGCCCGGGGCAGUUCAGCAGCACGCUGCCGUGGUUGAUGAGGCCUUCUGCUGAUGGCCACAUGCACUUCGCGGGCGAGGCGCUGAGUUCGGGCCACGCUUGGAUCAUCGGUGCGGUCAACAGCGCCUGGAGAACUGUGUUUGAGAUUCUUUGCACUGAAGGUCUGGAGGACAAGAAGAAGCAGUUCGUUGAGCAGUGGGGUGUUAUUGAUGAGGUUGACAUGGGCUGGUAUGACUGGUCUCCAGAGGGGUUUCCAUGA